UGCUAGUGAGGCGGCGGCGCACUCAGUGACUCUGCCCCUUUUCGUCUCGACUUCAGCCAGAGGCAGCGUCGCUUUGUGGGAAAGCCGGGCUAGGCCUUGCCUGUAAUUACGCCGCCACCAUGUCGAAGUCUGAGGGAUCGUCCGAUUACGGGUGCGAUAUGUCUCCUCACGAAUCCCCCAAGGAACCUGAACAGCUACGCAAACUGUUCAUUGGCGGCCUAAGUUUCGAGACGACAGAUGAAAGCCUUCGCAAUCAUUUUGAACAAUGGGGCACACUUACAGACUGUGUGGUGAUGCGAGACCCAAACACUAAGCGCUCCAGGGGCUUUGGAUUUGUCACUUACUCAACAGUAGAAGAGGUUGAUGCUGCCAUGAAUGCCAGGCCCCACAAAGUUGAUGGGAGAGUUGUUGAACCAAAAAGAGCUGUAUCCAGAGAGGACUCUCAAAGGCCUGGAGCCCACUUGACAGUAAAAAAAAUCUUUGUUGGGGGAAUUAAAGAAGAUACAGAAGAGCACCACUUAAGGGACUACUUUGAACAGUAUGGCAAAAUUGAAGUAAUUGAGAUAAUGACUGACCGUGGCAGUGGCAAGAAGAGGGGGUUUGCCUUUGUUACUUUUGAUGACCAUGACUCUGUGGACAAAAUUGUCAUUCAGAAAUACCAUACUGUGAAUGGGCAUAACUGUGAAGUCAGGAAAGCCUUGUCAAAGCAGGAAAUGGCCAGUGCCUCAUCCAGCCAAAGAGGUCGUAGUAGCUCAGGCAGCUUUGGGAGUGGUCGUGGAGGUGGAUUUGGCGGUGGUGAGAACUUCAACCGUGGCAGCAGCUUUGGUGGCCGUGGAGGGUUUGGCAGUCGCAGUGGCGGAGGUGGUGGUGGUGGCGGCGGCUAUGGAGGCAGCGGAGAUGGCUACAAUGGGUUUGGCAACGAUGGCUAUGGCGGUAGUGGCCCCGGAUACUCUGGAGGAAGCAGAGGUUAUGGCAGCAGUGGCAGCUACGACGGCUAUAACAAUGGAGGUGGCGGCUUUGGUGGCGGCAGUGGUGGAAGCAGCUUUGGAGGCGGUGGAAGCUACAAUGACUUUGGCAGUUACAACAACCAGUCUUCAAACUUUGGGCCCAUGAAAGGAGGAAACUUUGGAGGCAGGAGCUCUGGGCCAUAUGGUGGAAGUGGGGGUGGCUACGGUGGCUCUGGUAGUGGCAGUAGCUAUGGCGGCGGAAGGCGGUUUUAAUUCCUAGGAAACAAAGCUUAGCAGGAGAGGAGAGCCAGAGAAGUGACAGGGAAGCUACAGGUUACCACAGUUGUGAACUCAGCCAAACACAGUUGUGGCAGGGUAGAACUGCCUCAUGAAGACAUGUGUUAGACAAGCGCUUGUUUGCAAACAUCAGGACUGUAUUUGUGACUAUCUGUAACAGGAUAUUUUAGUUUUUGUGUUCUGUGGAAAGUGCAAAGCAUUCCAACAAGGGUUUUAUGUAGAUUAUUAUUUUUUCCCACACCCAUGCUGUUGAUUGCUAACUGUAAUAGACUGAUCAUGACGCUGAAUAAAUGUGUCUUUUUUCAAA